AUGAAUGUCAUCAACAAAAACGUCUUCUUUAUGCUUGCACCGCCGACACCCCAGACUUCUCACCUGUUCAGUAUGAAGAUGAGAUGCCCCCCCCGAGGUGUGGAAAUCCUCCCAGUUGCAAUGCAGAAGGCUAUUGCAGAGGGUCACUACACCAGCGAACAAGUGAACAAACUCAUAACUGCGAAGAUGGAUGUUCUGGCCUCAAUUAUGUUCGACAAUGACCAAGUUAUCCCUGAACAAUACCUCAUACCCCAGGUCGCAACCAUGCGACAAUCUACGAUGGACUGGCUUAAGUUCAUGAUAGAGCAGCACGAUGAUGAUGAGGAUCUCGAUCCUUUAACUCCCAUGCCCUGUCAAUUCCGAGCUUGUGCAUCUUGCCGACCUGCCUUGGCGCAGCGGGCAUUCGACAGCUUAAACGCAAUCGUGAAUGAGCCUUACCAAGCUCUUCCUGCGAUUCCCGAGUACCUCAAUCGGCCUAUCGUGCUGGCAAGUGUUGCGGCUAACCUGCCCGAGCCAGAACUGCAAGAAUGGGCAAAUGCUCCGGGGUUUCGCCCGUGGUGGAAGACUGUUAAAGACUCUGUUUGUUACGAUGUGAAGAUUGUCGUGAAGCAAGCCAAAUCGAUGGGACUCGCAGCCGGCCAAUUCAAAAAGCUGAUCGAGUGGAUCAUCCGGCGCUGCAAACGCCAGGCGGAUGCUGAGGCGACCUUGAAAUGGCUUGCAGAGAUUCAGAAGACUCCAUCGCAGAUUGCGCAUUUUCUCCGAACGCUCACUGAGUCUCGAACUUCGCCUCGUUUACGCCGGUCACUGCACCGCUCAUCAUCUGGACGUUUCGACCCCGAAUCAUCUCUAUCAUCCAGUCCCGUUUGGGAAGAGAUGGAGCACGGAGGAGAAUUUUUGGAGACUCCACAAUGGGAGUAUUCCGAUGACCUGGCCUAUUCUGCAACUCACAGGGAGGUUCAUCAGAGAAAUACCGGUCUUUUUAGUGCUCAUCGAGUCGCUUGGAGUUGGAAGUAUGCCCAAGAGGCCACCGAGGCUGAGGAAGAGACUGAGGAUAUUGAACUCGAGGAGGAGGAGACUGAGAUUGAGACUGAGACUGAAACUGAAACUGAGCAGGAGACUGAGACUGAGACUGAACCAUCACCCGAUCAAGGAGCAUCAAUGGAUCCCAGUACCUGA